GACCGACUCCGUCAAGCUUUGCGAUAUAUUGAAACUAUUUUAUCCGUUUUAUUAUAAAAUUAUACUUUAAACCAUGGCAGAUGGUGUGCAAAUAUUAAGGCGCAACCGUCCUGGAUCUAAAGCAAAAGACUUUUGCCGUUGGCCUGAUGAACCUUUCGAAGAGAUGGACAGCACUUUAGCCGUACAACAAUUCAUACAGCAGACAAUCAGACGAGAUCCGGCCAAUCUUGAAGCUAUUUUGAAAAUGCCUGAGGCCCAAGACGAAGGUGUUUGGAAGUAUGAACACUUAAGGCAAUUCUGUAUGGAGCUAAAUGGUCUAGCAGUCCGCUUGCAAAGUGAGUGUAAGCCAGAAACCUGCACACAAAUGACUGCUACUGAGCAGUGGAUUUUCCUGUGUGCUGCUCAUAAGACGCCUAAGGAGUGUCCUGCAAUUGAUUACACAAGACACACCCUGGAUGGUGCUGCAUGCUUGUUGAACAGCAACAAGUAUUUUCCUAGCAGGGUGAGCAUCAAAGAGUCAUCGGUGGCGAAAUUGGGUUCAGUAUGUCGCAGAGUAUACCGAAUUUUUUCACAUGCAUAUUUCCAUCAUCGGUCAAUUUUUGAUGCUUUUGAGAAGGAAACUCAUUUAUGCGAAAGGUUUACUUAUUUUGUGACAAAGUAUUCAAUUAUUUCUAAAGAAAUAUUGAUUUUGCCGAAACUUGAAGGUGAGGUACCUCUCCCUCAACCUGCUGGAGAAUCAGAAGCCUGAGAUUCAAAGAAAUAAUUCACUUGUGUUGUGAAUUACUUGUACUGUGGUGAUCAGUAAAGUGGAAGUUUAGCCAUUUGAGCUAUUUAUAAUAGAGAAAAAGAUGCAUCUUGACAGUUAAAACUAUCAUGAAUGUAUUGAUAUGUUAUGUUAGUGCAGUGGUUCCUAAAGUUGACUGGGAUCUGACUCUUCUAACAA